AAAUGACAGGACCGAGGAGGAGGACAGGCCAUCAAUAAUCGAUAUCUUCAGCUUAAACGGUGUGGCCUGUGGUUUAGGAUGUGCCUGUAGUCAACGCUGAGGGUGAAGUAGCCGUCAUGCCGUGUUCGUGUGCAGAGUGGAGGAGGUGGAUCCGCCCCCUCGUUCUGGUUCUCUACGCUCUUCUGCUGGUGGCUGUACUGCCACUCUGCAUCUGGGAGCUGCAGAAAGACAAGGUUGGGACUCACAGUAAAGCCUGGUUCAUAGCCGGUGUGUUCGUCUUUCUGACCAUCCCGAUAUCACUGUGGGGGAUCCUGCAGCACAUAGUGCACUUCACCCAGCCUGAGCUGCAGAGACCGAUCAUCAGAAUCCUAUGGAUGGUGCCAAUCUACAGUUUGGACAGUUGGCUGGCUCUGCGGUAUCCCAGUCUGGCCAUCUACGUGGACACAUGUAGGGAGUGCUAUGAGGCCUACGUCAUCUACAACUUCCUGGUGUUCCUGCUGAACUUCCUCAGUAACCAGUACCCCAGCCUGGUGCUCAUGCUGGAGGUCCAGCAGCAGCAGCCACACCUGCCCCCGCUCUGCUGCUGCCCGCCGUGGCCCAUGGGAGAGGUGCUGCUGUUCAGGUGUAAGCUGGGAGUCCUCCAAUACACUGUGGUUAGACCUGUAACCACGGUGAUAGCAUUGAUCUGUCAGCUCUGUGGGGUUUAUGAUGAAGCCAACUUCAGCUUCAGAAACGCCUGGUCCUACCUGGUCAUAAUCAACAACAUAUCACAGCUGUUUGCCAUGUACUGUCUGGUGUUGCUGUACCGAGCUCUCAGAGAAGAGCUGACCCCCAUCAGGCCUGUGGGCAAAUUCCUCUGUGUCAAACUGGUGGUGUUCGUCUCCUUCUGGCAGGCUGUUUUAAUAGCGUUCCUGGUGAAGGUUGGUGUGAUCUCCGACAAACACACCUGGGAUUGGGAUAGUGUCGAGGCCGUUGCUACUGGAUUGCAGGACUUCAUCAUCUGCAUAGAGAUGUUCCUGGCUGCCAUCGCUCACCACUACACCUUCACCUACAAACCAUACGUGCAGGAAGCAGAGGAGGGAUCGUGUUUCGACAGCUUUCUGGCCAUGUGGGAUUUCUCUGACAUAAGAGCUGAUGUCACAGAGCAGGUCCGCCAUGCUGGUCGGACGUUCCUGGGUCGUCCCAACAAGAUGUACUUCGGUGCUGUAGCUCGACCUGAACACACCGAGCACACUGGACUCCUCACAUCGACCUCCCAGGACCCCGUUGCUGUGGCAGCCACAUCGAUGCCCUCCUCCCCUUCUUCGAGUGGGCGGUACCAAGGCCUCGGCCACACCCCCGCCCCACACUCUAUCUCCGCCCCUGCAGGCUUCACGUCCUCGUCCUGGGAGGACGACAGCGACAACUCAUAGCUAGGGGUGGGAAGUUUAAUCUUUCGGUGCAUCCCUUAACCCCUAGUUUUAAUGUGCUUCAUGACAAAUAAACUCUCAGAUUCUGUACUAAAGUCAGAAUAAAAAUAUAAACGUGGA